UGACGCAUCGGACGGUUGAACGAAGACGUGUGGUCCAUCAUCCUAUCGUUCGUCCAGCUGGACGACGCUCGCAGUCUUUCCCUCACGUCUCGAGCUAUCCACCCCAUCGCCAGGUGUAUCGUCCUGUCGCGUGCUGAGACGUCUCGGCCGGGUCAUUUCACGAAGAUCUGUACCUUCAUGCUAGGCGAUUCUCGCUCUCGUGCCUCCUGGUUGCGUGAACUCGACGUAAGUAUUACGCCCUGAUGGACCCCCGACCAACAACUGUGGCGCUCUCGUUUGUCCCAGGAAUCUCGCUCCUUGACAACCUCGUCACUCUGAGCCAUCUCGACUUACUCCGCGACGUGCACACGGUGAAGCUAUAUAGCUUGCCAGAGCCGUCCCGGCACCGGGAUUUGGCUGUCGAGCACUUUGCGCUCGGGCAGCUGGACAGCUGCCUGCUGUGCGUGAGGCCCGCCUGUGCGAGCCAUUGCCAUGUUCCAUACUUCCCCAACAUGCAGACACUGUGUGCGAGCAACGAGCUCAGCCAACUCACACCGCAAAAAUGGAUGUGGCCAGCAUCUGUGCCUCUCGACCUGGUCCAUUUUACGAGAGCGCCAAUUCGUCGACUCUACCUGUAUGAGUACAGUUCACCUGAUCAUACCCUUGAUCAACUCGCCAGCACCUUGCAAUCUGCAAGACCCAUUUGUCUAUCAUUCGCUUCUACGAGCUACAUUGAUUGCACAUAUGUACACGGUGACAACAGCCUAUCACCGUGGAUGGCAGAAUGGUUCCUCCCAGUCAUUGCCCAGUCCAACGGCGACUCCAGCCUCCUAUGUAUGCGACUCAACUUCAGAGUCAUGGUCAACCGCCUAACACAUGCCCGUGUGCCAUCCCUAUCGCACUCGACCCUACAAGACGCUGCUCAACGAGUGGCGCGACAUGUGCCUUCGGUCAAGUUCAUAUGUAUUGCCAUGGAGCCCGACUACCCUGAGGAUCAGCACCUCGAGGUACGCACUUGGUGGCGCAGUAUAACAAACGAGGCUGGCGAGCGGCUGGAGCAUUACAUGCGCUCUGCGGACUUCGAGCGGAAGUUAUCAUUGGACGGAUUCAGUCUCACUGGUGCUUAGG